UCUCUGCACGCUGUCAGUCGCGGCCGGGAUCUCGAAGCGUCAACGCUUGCCGUCCGCUCCUGAUGAGCGCUUAUAAACGCCGAAACGUCAACGAACACGCUCCGCUUUCUCACGAUGAUUCGAACUGAAGCCCUCUCGAUGCUAACAAACAUGCAUUAAGUUUUUGAUUUACUCUGUGACUGGGAGUGAUAUUCAUUCAAUCACCCUUAAUUUUUUUUUGUGAUGAGUUUUUGAGUUCGAGUAAAGAUGCCGUGGAUGAAAUCUUGCCUUUGUCAUCAGGAAAAGAAAAAACCUACCCCUGUCAUAAGCCCGCCUUUGCACUUGUUACAAAAGGAGGAUGUGCCAUCUCAAGGACCGAGUCACACGUUUCGACGUAAGACCUUCAAGAAACCCAGACCUUGCCAUCUUUGCCAUCAGCCUAUUUUCAACGAAGGCUCAUGCUGCAGAGUGUGCAAAUACGUCUGUCACAAGGUCUGCGAGAGUAAGGAAGCCGUCACGAGGUACACAGACACGAGCUGGCGCCUCCACAGACAAACGAAGAAAACCAGCCACAGAAAUUCGAAAAACGAAAACAAAACCAACGAUAGAACAGUAAACGAAGCCUCGACGAAAGAAAACGAUACCGUAGAUCGUUCUGAAAUAACGAAAGAAUGUCAAACAAAAAAUGGAUGCGAGGAUGGAAUGGGACGCGAAAGCUCGGAAAGAGAAUCUAACAGCAAUUUCGAUAAUUACGCAGAAAUUUUCACGCAUACACACGAAGAUACUGACAGAGAUGGGCCUGAAAUGCAUAAGAUAAUAACUUCGUACAAUGGUUUCGGAGAAGCCUUCACCUCACAGCCUAGACCGUCGAAAAAGAAUACCAACUGUGAGUCGGGGACCAUGGACUUGAGCUAUGUUACAGAGAGGAUCAUAGCUAUUUGGUUCCCAGCAGAUGCAUCUUCGCAUUCUUACAGACAAGGACAGAGACAAGCCUCUCACAUGCUGAGGCAUAAACAUGGAAACAAUUACAUGGUAUUCAAUCUCACAGAACCCAAAAAGGUGCUUAAAGGUGAACACAAACACGUGCAGGAGGUUGGAUGGUCCAGAGAUCUUGCACCACCUCUUGAAAACUUAUGUAGUAUAUGUAAAGAAAUAGAAACCUGGCUUUCAGCUGAUGAGCACCGAAUAGCAGUACUGCAUGCCAAAGGUAACAAAGAUAAAUUAGGCGUUAUAGUGGCAGCCUAUAUGCAUUACUCCAGCAUAUGUGGGAAUGCCGAGCAGGCUCUCGACAGAUUUUCCAUGAGGAAAUACCUGGAAGAGAACAUAGGCUCUAUCAGUUUACCGUCAAACAGGAGAUAUGUCGAUUAUUUCGCUGGCUUGCUUUCACACAACAUCAGGAUAAACACUGCACCUCUCUAUCUGACCCACGUGACCGUUCUUGGCACUCCUGCCUACGAGCAAGGGGGAUGCAAGGCCUUCUUGAAACUAUAUCAGGGACAGCUUCCAGUUUACACGUCUGGGGUAUACUCCGUUGCCAAGGGUGUGAGACAAUUCACAGUCAAUGUGGCCGGAGAUCAGCGUAAAGGACUUCAACUGAGGGGCGACAUCUUGAUAAAGUGCUACCACAGAAGCGAUUCCGGAAGAGAAAAAAUUUUCGCUUGCCAGUUCCACACUUGUGCAGUUACAGAUUACACGCUGAGUUUCACGAGACAAGAAUUAGAUGUCGCAUAUAAAGAUCUCCGAUUCCCUAGCGACGGUGCUGUUGAACUGCAUUUCUCCCAAGGAUCAGAGGUCCGUCAUCCUGCUCCAGCACCAACCCCAGCUGUGCCUUUCUGCCUUGCUGAUGACUCUGUGAUCAGAGCCCACAGUCCGAUGAAUUUGGAAGAUUCCGAUGAUGAAGAAUCAGAUGGUGAAGAGGUGAAUCACACCUUCGGUCCGUUGGAUGGAAGCAUUUAUGCAACUGUAGCCAAGAAGCCAGAUCUUUCGCCAGGAGCUGUUUCCAGCCCUUUGACAGUGUCGAUGGACUCUGGGAUAUCUUCUGCAGGACAUCAGCAGAACGCCAACACCGCCGCCUCCUCCAGCCCGCCUCUCACCGCCCAGCCGUCCCCCCUCACCCCCGAGGACCGCCACCGCGAAUUGGACGAACUGCUCUCGGACAUGAUGCUGACAGUCGAAAGUAUACCGGACCUGAAGCCGCUCGACCAAAACCCGUCCUCGGCCAGUCACACGUUCAACCUGGAAAAUGUCCGUUUCAUAGACGACGAAGAGGAGUCCUCCAGGACCAUCCCUUACCACGCCAGGCAGGACAGCCGCCCCUUUUCGUACGGCGUCAAUUCCGCCACCAUGAUCCAGGAGACGCAGCAGAAGUUGUCCAGUCCCAGCUUGGUGCGGAAGGCCAGUUUCGAUAAGAGCAACGGAGAUACCUUGAAGAAAGUGCAGACUCAAGUGUACCCUUACGAUGCUAAGCCAAUACCGAGUUUUUCCUCUAACCCAUCCCCAAAUUACGCGACUCUGAAUUAUAAAUACUCGAAUACGCGCGUCAGUCCCCCCCAGAAGGAAUACAAUGAUCCGAUAGAUGACAUUUUUACACAAAGUGCCUUAAGUGCAUCUAAUAACCAGAUAAAACGUGAGUUUCGCGAGGAGUACUACAAGGACGAGCGAAGGAGGUACGACCCGUUGAAGAGGAGCCUAACUGAGAGUACCAUAAGGCGGAGCCCUGAGAAGAUCUAUGCCAAGACUGCAGCUAUAAGCAACCCUUACUCCGACACAGACAGCUUGUCGCCCCCUGGUGCCUUCAGGACGAAAUCACCGGAGUUUCAUGAAAAUUACAGUAUUACCACAAACAACAGCAAUCUCACAUGGCUGCAGAAGCAACAGUUGAAGCUGAAGGAGAAAAAGGAACAGCAACUCAGAGAAGAGAGGUUUCCCCACGAAUCUAGAUUGCUUUCUGAACUCAGAACCAUGCAAUCAAGGCGGCAUCAUCACACAGCCAGCGUCAGAAUGGACGGUUACACCAGUGAUACAACAGCGUUUGCUGAUGACGACGAUGAUUACACUGUACCUCUGCACAUCAACACCAGGAAUCAUGCGCCUAUCCAAAGCAGCAAAAUCGAGAUGACUGAAAGUGAUAAAAGUUACACCACUAAGCAGGAGAGGCCUUUCGUGGCAGUCAAGAAGAUGUAUGAAAGAAAUUUAGGAUCCUCACCGCACUCUAGAACCAACACUAACUCUUUGGAAGCGGGACUACCCAGAGGAGACAACGAAUCUGACAGUGGACUCUUGUCUCUCGUCGAACAAAGGAAGCACUUCAGUCAGCAUAUUAACCACCACAACGAUCAGAAUAAUGCUGGCAGGGUGGGUAUAGAGUGGGAUUCUAAUCUAGCACCAGAUAGCACAAAUAACCGCAUAGAUGCACUGAACAUCCUCAUUGAUAAUUUGUGCGCAAAGAUUGACGAGCCAAAUAACACAUCACCAUCAAACGCAUGUCAGUAUCGGGAAAGAGAAGAGACUCUGAACACCUGGAAAAUGGAACCAGUGUACGAUUCUACGAGCCCUUCGCAGAUGAAUGGGUCGUCUCCAACUACUAGGCCUCAAACUCCAGCAUUUCCAGUACAUGUUAAGACGCCUUCUUACUCCAAUACCUCCAACUCCACUGUACAAUUUGACCUACGCUCCGAACGACUACCUCCAAAAAGUCCUACAACCCAAAGACGUUUGAGUUAUCCAAUGAAUACCGUUCAUAAGAAGUGGUCUCUCUCACCCAGCAGAAAGGACAUACGACCUACAUCCCCAGUCGAUGUUACUGAUGGACCUAUGGCGGAAUAUGCCCAGCACCAUUCAGUCCACAGGAGUGUCUCUGCAACAGGCUACAGAUCCGAUACUUCCGAUAGCCACAGUCCAAGGAGUGUUCCAACCACUCCUCACAACGGUUCAACCUCACCAGUAACCCUAUACUACGGAAAUUCGAGGAGGAGUUCGAUGAACUCCAACGGGGAACCUCCAAUAGAAGUUGCGCCAGCUAAUGUCAAAUUUGUCAGGGACACUUCCAAGUUCUGGUACAAGCCGACAAUAUCACGAGAAGAUGCCAUAAAUAUUCUCAGGAACCAGCAGCCUGGAGCAUUUAUUGUUCGGGAUUCGAAUUCCUUUCCGGGUGCCUUUGGCAUGGCUGUAAGAGUGGCAACCGUACCUCAAAACAUCCAGAAUAAAUCCACAGACAAAAACGACGAACUCAUUCGUCACUAUUUGAUUGAACCAACAUCUAGAGGUGUCAGAUUGAAAGGGUGCCCAAAUGAACCAGUCUUCACUUCGUUAUCUGCACUGGUUUACCAACACUCCAUAACGCAGAUGGCGUUGCCUUGUAAGCUGGUGUUGCCUGAUAGAGACCUUACGAAUUCCGAACUUCUUGGUAACCCUCAGCAGCAGUUGCUCACACAGGGUGCCGCUUGCAACGUCCUCUACAUAUUCUCAAUGGACAUGGAAUCUUUAACGGGUCCCCAAGCCGUAAGGAAAGCUGUCAUGAGUUUGAUGCAGAAAGCGCCACUUCCAGAAGCCAUCAUCGUGCAUUUCAAAGUGAAUGGGCAGGGUAUCACCCUGACAGACAACAAGAGACAAAUGUUCUUCAGGAAGCAUUACCCUAUCAACACAAUAUCCCAUUGUGGUAUAGAUCCCGAUGAGAAACAAUGGACUGUCACUCCUAAUUCUUCGGGAGUUAAAAGUGCUAACAGAAUAUUUGGGUUCGUUGCCAGAAAACCGAAUGUUAAAACACCAGACAAUCAGUGCCAUCUCUUUGCUGAACUAGAACCUGAACAACCAGCCUCAGCAAUCGUGAAUUUCGUCAACAAGAUUAUGUCAACUACAGGCAUCAAAGCAAAUAUGGUCUGAACUUCGACUGCUUCCUUCGACUCGUGACCUCAGAAGCUGAUUUCUGAGUCAUAACAGAGAUGUAUCGAAAAUUGCAUGAAAUAAUUCCCUUCAGAUUGUGAAGAACUAACUUUCAGUCAACAAAAAUUUCAUUUGGACUAGUCUUUCUCUGUUUAUUUAACUUCUUUUUUCUUAUGUAUGUAAGAAUUUAUGGAUCAUUGUAAAUAUUAUUUUUUUAAUUAACCCUAGUGUAUCUAUCUUAAUCUAUUAUCUUCAUCAGUGAAUUGCAUUGGAUAUUGUUGAUAUUGGCAUAUUCGAUCUGUGAUGAAUUUGCCGAAGCUUGUCAGUUUUUUUGAUGAGAAAAGAUUUUAUUUCAAGGAUUCGGUGAUGUAUCCGAAUUGUAUAAAGAAUUCGUUCUGAACGAUCAUAUCUAUCUAUGUUAACUAACGUUUUACAGAUUCUCGAAAAAAUCAUAUUUUUAUUAGUUCGUAUCAUGGAAGCAAUAUUUCUCCUCACUCCCUACAAAACCUCAGCUACAUUUAACGAAUUGUGAAGAUUUUAUUAGAAACCAUAUUAUCCAUUUUUAUGUUACUGUGGCUAAAUAGUACAAAAUAAAUAGAUAUUUUGAGAAUUCAAACAUUGAAUUGGAUUAUUCAAAGUUGCAACUCACAGAGAAUAUAUUAUACAGAUGCUAAA